GGCUUGUCUAUCGUCUGGCGUGAAUACACUAUUGUUGAUGCUGCCGUUAUGAUACCAAUUACCAUCAUUACGGGCUUUCUGGGCUCUGGAAAGACCACGCUCAUCUUAAACCUCAUCCCCCAGCUCCCGAAAACCUACAAACUCGCACUCCUCAAAAACGAAUACGGCGAUGUAAAAGUUGACUCACAGCUCGCUUCUUCACAAGCUAUAUCAGGCGUCCAAGAACUUCUCAAUGGCUGCAUAUGCUGCAACUUGGUCGGCCAGCUGUCGGACGCCCUUGAGACGCUAUCGACCGACAUCGAGCCUGACCGCAUCGUCGUAGAGACCUCCGGGUCUGCAUUCCCCGCGACAUUGGCCAUGGAGGUCAACAGACUUUCAAGAGAAACAGGCAAAUACGUACUAGAUGGUGUGAUGAGUGUCAUCGACGUGGAAAACUGGAAAGGCUAUGAAGAUACGAGUUAUACGGCGAAGAUGCAGGCGCGAUAUACAGACCUCAUUGUCCUUAACAAACAUGAACUGGUCAGCGAGCGAAGGUUAGAGGAUGUAGAAGACGCGAUUCUAGCGCUAGAAGUUGAGCCGCAGAUUCCCAGGACGAAGAGUAGGAAGGGAUGGGUGGAUAAAGAGAUUGUGUUUGGACUAGAUGCUAGAUUAGCAGGGAUUGUAGAGGAGGAGAAACAUAGGCAUGAGCAUAACCAUGAUCAUUCGAGCGAAGUCGAAGUGCUCAGCGUUACGUUAAAAAGCCAAGACGGCAAGGGAAGCAUAGACGUGGAGAAGCUCGCAGAGCUGCUGGAAGAUCCAACAAAGGACGAGGUAUACCGGAUAAAAGGCAUACUUUACUCUUCGACGCCCCCAAAAUCCUCAGAUACCACACCGGCGUCAAGUAGAGAGAUACCAGCAGGCCGGGGCAGAUAUAUACUCAAUUGGGCGUUUGGGCGCUGGACGUUCACACCAGUACCUGCCACCGCUGCUGCAACAUCAGACGAGGAGCCGGAAUUACGGUUAACGGUCAUCACUGCAAGAUACGAGUCCAACAAGUGGAAGAAGCAGAUCGAAUCGAGCGGAUUAAUAGCACUCGAAGGGGGUCUUCAGGGAAAUCUGGCGGUCAAGAAGAUAGCAUAGAGACCCAGGACAGAAAAUAGAAGUAAUAAAGAUGAUCAUAGAAUACACUCCUUGCUAUCGCG